ACAUUUUCAAAUAUACUCUCGUUAUUAGAAUUCAUUAAAAAAAUAUAGUUAACUAUAGAUAAAUUACUUAACCUUGAUUAGUGAAUGAGAUAGGUUGACUUUUUUAACCCUCUUAUAUCUUUAAUGGCAAAAAUAACAUUUUAUUUCUAAAGGAAGAAUAUGAUUGUUGAGAUUUUUGGGGAACAUUUCUGUAUAAUUUUAGCAAUUGAAAUUUUUGGAGAGGCAUAUUUGUGAUGGAAAAAAAAUUAUUUCAUUUAUCUUCUAUUAAAAAAUAAACAAUAAUCUGACGGUAAAGAACUAGAGGAGUAAAUAUGAAUAUCACUGAAUUUGGUACGAAUAAAUAUAAAAAGUCAAACUUUACAGGAAUAUAUCUGCUAUUCGAUAUGUAUACAAGGAGCAAUAUAAAAUUAUUUAUUUGUUUAAAAAAAUUAUACACAAGUUCCUAAUUAUGGUACAUUUUAAGGGCCAAGAUGUAAUAAAUAAUAUGACCGGUUCAUAAGAUGACGUGGUGGACUCGGUUCAAUGUUAUCUCUCCCGUUCCAACUCCUUGAUCCGUUUCGCGAACUUUUUCGACCGUUAUUAUCCCCUCUCUCUCUCUCUCUCUCUCUCUCUAUAAAACCCUAAUAAGAAAAAAAAAACUAGCCGUUGCGUGGAGAGACGUUCUCCAACGGCUACUUCUCCCCCCCCCCUCUCUCUCCCUCCUCACACUUUUCUCUUCUCCUCCUCUCCAACACCACCACCACUUCCCCACUCUCUUUCUCUCUCUCUCUCUCUCUCUCUCUCUCUUCCAUCGCCAUUAGAGCACCGCCAUUAGAGCACCACCUCCACUCUCUAUAAUGGCCUCCGCGGCCACCUCCACCCCGACGCCAACAAGCCCUCCUCCGCCGCCGCCUCCGCCGCCGCCUCCCGCGGCCGAGAACCGGGCGCGGCCCCGCCGACGCGCCCGCGAGGUGAGCUCGCGCUACAUGACGACCCCAUCCCCCUCCUCCUCCUCCUCCUCCUCCCAUGGUGGAGGCGAAACCCACCUCGCCUCCUCCCCGCGAAUGCCCUUCCCAGUCCCCGCUCUCCCUCCCCACCCGCUUCUCUCCCUGCCCAAGAAGCCGCCGAACCACGCCGCCACCGCCGACCCAGAACCUGCUCGAUCAUUUGCUGAUGAGAACCGGCCGGCUCCGGCUUCCGUUCGCCGUGGCCUCGAGACCCCCCUCUCGACUGGUAUUCAUAGUAAACCCGUUGGCACUCAGCGGAAACGGGCGGUGGUGAGGCUAUUCGGCGAGAACGGCGGGGAAAAAUCGGAUCUUGCAGAACUUGCGAAGCCCGCGGAGAGCAAAAGAAGGCCACGGCCCGGGACCCCGAUCACUUUACAUUCUAUUGAUAGGAGUAGUAGUUCUUGUAGCACGCCGAGAUCGGAGUCCCUGAGCCAAAAUUUGAUGAGAUUGACGAGUGCUGGCACUGCAAGAAGAGCGAUUUCACGACCUCCGACAGCUGCUCGAGCAAGUUCCUCUCAGAAAGAGGGGUGUGCAGGUCACAGUGUUGAGGAGGCGUUUUCGGAAAGCUCUUCUGCUUUGGCGGAUUUAUCUGAUGCCGAAACUUGUAGUGUGAGUAGCCAGUGCGGGCUCUGCGACAGCCCUCCGCUGCUCCCUGCUCCGAGCAGAUUAUCGUCUGAUCUUCGGUCGUCGAUGCCGGAGGCUGAUCUCUUGCCGACAAUGUCAGCGAAAAGGGUUUUUGAUGGUCGGGAGGAUCCUUCAUGUAGAUCGUCAAAUCCGCUCUGCUACCGAUCGCUGAACUCUGCUUUGUCAAAUUGCCAACCAAUCAAGAAUGGUGGGAAACCCCCUCUUGUGUCGAAGCCUCCGCAGCCGCCAAUCUCGAAAUUGGCGGUCGACGUUAAGAAGGGGAAGAAGGGAUCGGGUCGGCAAGAGGAUGCUCAUGUGCUUCGAUUGCUUGACAAUUGCUAUGUGCAAUGGAGACUCACGAAUGCAAAGGCGCAGGCGGCGGCCAAGGCUCGGAGUCUCACAGCCGAGAAAUCACUAUUUGGGCUCUCCGCGAAGAUCUCGGAGUUGCAAAACUCGGUUGUGGAGAAGAGGACUGAACUCGAGCAGUGGAGAAGAAGAGAGAGGUUGUAUUCAAUCCUCGAACCGCAAAUGCCAUAUUUGGAUGAGUGGGCCAUCCUGGAAGAAGAUCACACAAGUUCUCUCACAGCAGCGACAACGGCUCUUCAGGAUGCUUCACUCCGGCUUCCUAUAGAUGGCGACAUGAGGGUAGAAAUUACAGAGCUCAAAGAAGUCCUCGACUCAGCGGUGCAGAUGCUCGAGUCCUUAUCUCCUAAUGUUCAAAGUUUUCUACCAAAGGCCGAAGGAAUCGAAGAUAUAGCCACUGAUCUCGCAAAAGUAGUUAGUAGUGAAAGAUCCCUUAUCGAGGAAUGCGGAAAUCUUUUGUCAGAGGCGCACAAUCUGCAGGUGAAGGACUCCAGUUUAAGAAGCCAACUAAUGCAAUUGAGGCAGAUGAGGGCAUUGUAACUAAGCAAGGGAGCGUCGAGUCCGAGUUAUUCGAGUCUCUCUUCGACAUCUCACUUACGAAAGCGAUAGCCAAUUUGUGUCACUACGAUAAACCAUUCUUUCCGAUUCCUUUUUCUCCUAUCAAUAAACGAAGCGAAAAGCAUGCCAUUUGAAUCGAAAUUUGCUGAUUCCUUUGUAGGAUAGAUGAGCAAUUCUUUUCCGCUUCCUCUUGUCACAACACCAGUAUUUUUGUUCAAUUGAUUCUUUUCUCGUAAAGAGAAUGUAUGAUAGAUCUCGUAUUAUAAAAUGCCCUUGGUUGGCUGUAUUUUCAACUGCAGUA